AUGCAAACUUAUAAUCAGAAUUGCCAAGUAUUAGAACUGUUCAAGACCAUCGAUGCGGGUGCUGCUGCAGGUUGUGCUGCCACAGGUGGUUCUACUGCGGGUGGUGAAAAUGGCACAAGUGGUACAGGUGGUACAGGUGGUACAGGUGACACAUCAACAAGUGGAUCAACCAGCAUAUCAACAGGUAUAAUAGCAGGUAACUCUUCAGACUGGAAAGACUCUUCAGACGCAUUAGAGGACUUUUCAAAAGGUUCAUCAGAUAGCAGAUCAUCAUCAGCCAGUACAUCAUUAGCUAUUGGUUCAUCAAAUAGCAUUUCAUCAGAUAGUAGUUCAUCAUCAGCUAACAGUUCAUAA